ACAUACGAGCAAAACCACUAUCUAUAAAGCAUAAGGAAUAUUGGGUGUGAAAAGGAAAAGAAAAAGAGAGAUGAGGAAGCAAUGGUGUUUGUUUGGAGUGGCGGCGGUGGUGGUGAUGACGAUGAUGUCAGGAGUGAGGAGCGAUGAGGUGUUCAUAGAGAAGACAUGCAAACAGACUCCGAACUACAACCUCUGUGUCUCUCUCCUCAAGUCCGAUCCACGUGGCUCCUCCGCCGACACCACCGGCCUCGCCCUCAUCCUCGUCGACCACAUCAAGGCGACGGCGACGGAGACGUUGAAAAAAAUAAGCAGAUUGUACAAGAAGAGAAGGGAACUAAGAGAGCCGUUGGUGUCGUGUACUAGCAAGUACAAGGCGAUCUUGGAAGCCGAUGUUCCGUCGGCGGUGGAGGCUCUGUCCAAAGGCGUCCCGAAGUACGCAGAGGACGCAGUCGUCGACGCCGGCGUCGAGGCCUCCAUCUGCGAGAGAGGGUUCCAUGGGAAGUCCCCUUUGACCGCUUUGACCAAGUCCCUGGAGGAUAUUUCCGACGUGGCUAGGCCCAUCGUCCGAAUGUUGCUCUGAUCCAAUGGUAAUACCAAUACCCCCCCAUCAUCAAGCAAAUCGUUUACCCCCCCUUGAUGGUUGUUAUGUAUAAGCACAAGAAAAUCGAUUUAGUUCGUGGAAUAAUACACACAUGGAUCAAAUCGGUUCUUAAAUAUAGCCAUAGCUUUUGGAGUUUUGGUUA